CCCUCCUCCCCCUCAAGCUCCUCGCCCACUCCCUCCUCUCCCGCACCUACCACCUCCUCGGCUCCUUCCCCUCCCAGCGCGCCCUCCUCCUCCGCGCCCUCCACCUCCUCCGCCACUCCCCCUCCUUCCCCGCCCCCGAAUCCCUCCUCUGGACCUGCAACUUCCACGCCCAGCUAGCCUCCGCGCUCGCCGUCGACGCCGACUACCCCGGCGCCCUCUCCUCCCUCGCCACCGGCUCCGCCGCCGCCGCCGACCUCCGCCGCGGAGACCUGCAGCUCUUCUUCGCCGCCUCCGCCCUCCACGUCCGCCUCCUCCACUGGGACGACUCCGACGCCGUCGCCGACGCCGCCCGCCGCUGCGCCGACCUCUGGGACGCCUUCCCCUUCGACCAGAGAGAGCAUUGCCCCGGCUUGUUUUUCUACACCGAGAUGUUGCAGGCCUUCUACCUGCUGAGGAUUUGCGAUUACAAGACUGCAUCACUGCAUGUAGAGAAGCUGGACACUGCCAUGAAGAAUGAAAUGCAUAAGCUUCGGCAGCUUAAGGAGAUGAGCUCUGAUGGGUGGGAUUCAAAUGAUGAUGAUAAGUUGGUAUUGGCGCCUCCGCCGAUGGAUGGCGAGUGGCUUCCGAGGAAUGCGGUGUUUGCUCUGGUGGAUCUUAUGGUGCUCAUGGUGGGGCGACCUAAAGGGAUCUUUAAGGAGUGCGGGAAGCGGAUUCAAUCCGGGUUGCGAUUGAUCCAUGAGGAACUUGGAAAACUUGGAAUCCAGGAUAGGGUAGCAGAGGUAGAUUUGCAACACUCUACUAUCUGGAUGGCUGGAUUGUACUUGAUGCUUCUAGUUCAGUUUCUUGAAAACAAAGUCUCAAUAGAACUUACACGGUGUGAGUUUGUUGAAGCUCAAGAGGGGUUAGUAGAGAUGAAAAGAUGGUUUGUUCGUUUUCCGACUAUUCUGCAAGGGUGUGAAAGCACAAUUGAGAUGCUUAGAGGACAAUAUGCUCAUUCUGUUGGUUGCUUCCAAGAGGCUGCUUUCCAUUUCAUUGAAGCUACUAAGCUGACCGAGAGCAAAUCGAUGCAAUCUAUGUGCCAAGUAUAUGCAGCUGUCUCUUACUUAUGUUUGGGUGAUGCAGAAUCUUCUUCAGAGGCGCUAGAUUUAAUUGGACCGGUUUACAGAGUCAUGGAUUCCUUUGUUGGAGUGCGAGAGAAGACAUGCAUCAUUUUUGUUUAUGGACUUCUAUUAAUGAGACAGCAUAAUUUGCAAGAAGCAAGGACUCGCCUUGCCAGUGGCUUGAAAAUAGCCUAUCAACAACUGGGUAAUAUUCAACUUGUUUCUCAGUACCUAACAAUUCUUGGAACACUAGCUCUUCAACUGCAUGACACUGGACAAGCUAGAGAGAUAUUAAAAUCAUCCUUGACAUUGGCAAAGACACUUUAUGACAUUCCAACUCAAAUUUGGGUUCUAUCAAUUCUUACAGGAUUGUAUCGAGAGUUGGGAGAAAGGGGAAAUGAAAUAGAGAACUCGGAGUACGAGCAGAAAAAGGAAGAUGAUUUACAGAGGAGACUCGCAGAAGCUCACUCGUCCAGUCAUCAUCUUGCGCUGAAUAUAUGCACGUUGAGAAGAACCAUUUCAGAUAACCAUGAGCACAUGAGCCUAAGCUGCUGGCAUUUUGCAGGCGCCCGUUUUACUCGCAGGUUGGUGCCAGGUUCGCUGGUGGUUGGUAAACAUAUAGAGAAGGCGAGGUUCAAAGCUCAGCCGCUGCACGAAGUUGCCAUGAAGCGAGCGAUCGCGGGCCCCUCCACGAAGGUUGAUCUCGACAUCCCAGAAUCCGUCGGCCUCCCCGCUCCUCAACCAGUGGCUUCAGCUUCAAGGUUACGCGACAUGGAUUCAGUAAGGCGUGGUAAAAGGAAAAUAUAGGAAGAACGCUUUUUGAGGAUCUUACUAUAACGUGAAAAAAAACAAAUUGGCGAUCCGAACUAUUUAAUUUCGAUCGGUGAUACUCCAGUUUGCUGCCGAAGUUAUUUGCCUCGAGAAGCGUCGGCGCAUUAAUCGUAUCUUUUGUAUAGUGAAGAAGAGCUUUGAUUCAUUAACUGUUAUGAUGCAUUGUAUAUUUAGCAGAGAAAAUAGUUUUGGUUGUUGCCACCAUCUGUGAAUUUUUCUCUCUUUUCUCUGGGUAAAAGCAUACGGGGAAACCUUAAAAUAUAGGGGUUUUUUUGCU